AAUUCCGAAAAUCAUUCUGCAUACUCCAGAAUCUAUGAGAUGAUGCUCGAGGACAAUAUUACUGUGUACGAUACCGAAGGAGGUCUGAGCGCCUUGAGACAAAAUCCGAAUUUAGCUUUUAUUUGUGACCGGUUCCUGCUACAGAGCGCAGUCACUAGAAAUUGUGGUCAAUUUAUUCUGUUGGACGAAGUAAUUGAUGAGACACCUGCGAGUUUUGCUGUCCGCAAAGAAGCUCACUAUGGACCCGAAUUCUCUGAAUACCUUCAGUCUUUGGCUGACACCGGAAUCAUUCAGCGUCUAUUCGACAAAUGGUUGCCUCAGUUGGAAGUUUGUAACAACAAUCAUCCAGAUUACAGUGCUCUGGAUAUGAAUCAGAUCGGUGGCGGUUUCGUCCCGCUGGUAGCCGGCGCGUUGUUCAGCGCAUUUGCCCUUGGCAUCGAAUGGUACUUCAAAAACUAUCGAUCACAUCAUGCUGCGCAACCUCAGAAUGAAAAUCCAUCGACCAACAAACCACUAACUUGGACUCCGUCAGAGGAAUCUAGACCACCAUUACCGCAUCUUAUUUCGGAUGGGUUACGUUACGGUGGGCGACGACGAUCAUUUGCUGUGUUCGAUGCGGAGACGAUCGUUGAGAGUACGGUGCUAAAAACAAGGCUAUAA